GGGAGCGCGUUGCCGGGCGGACCGGGGCGGGCGCGGGCCGCCAUGGCGUCGCCCCCGCUGUCGGCGGCGGGCGGGAGCGGCGGCGAGCUCAGCUCGGGCUCCGAGGCGGCGGCCACGGGCGCGGCGCUGCCGGGCCGGGACCUGUCCGCGCUCUUCGAGCAGGCGGCCGAGCGGCUCCCCUCGCUGCUGCCCAACGCCAGCAAGGAGCAGCUGCUCUACCUGUACGCCCGCUACAAGCAGGUGAAACUUGGAACCUGUAACACCCCCAAGCCAGGCUUCUUUGAUUUUGAGGGAAAGCAGAAAUGGGAGGCUUGGAAAGCCCUGGGAGAUACCAGCCCUCACCAAGCCAUGCAGGAGUACAUCGCUGCCGUGAAAAAACUCGACCCCAGUUGGAAUCCACAGACAACAGAGAAGAGGGGAAAGGAAAGCAAAACUGUAUUUGGAGGCCCAGUCAUCAGCUCAUUAUAUCAAGAAGAAGAAAUAAUCAGGGAAGAGGACAAGAACAUUUUUGAUUACUGCAGAGAAAACAACAUUGACUAUGUAACCAAAGCCAUUCAAUCAAAAAAAGUGGAUGUGAAUGUCACAGAUGAAGAGGGCCGGGCUCUGCUCCACUGGGCGUGUGACAGAGGACACAAGGAGCUGGUUUCAGUUCUGUUACAGAACGCUGCCGAUGUGAACAUCCAGACUGAGGAGUUUUACCUGUUUAAUCCUGCCCCAUUUGGAAUCAGCUCAGUAACUUUGCCACUUGUCAUUCUUUGGGUCAUUUCUAGUUCUUCCUUUUUGCUUUCAGAUGAAGAGAGCAGCACUUCUCCCAGCACCCAAGCUGAUGGGGAAGGCCAGACUGCACUCCAUUAUGCUGCCACCUGCGAGUUUUUGGACAUCGUGGAGCUGCUGCUGCAGUCGGGAGCCGACCCCAGGCUGCGGGACCAGGAGGGCUGCCUGCCCGAGGAGGUGACGGACUCCAAAGCCAUCACUUCUGCUCUGCAGCAGCACGGCACCGGCGAGCCCUGAGCCCUCUGAGGGGCACAGAGAGGCUCUGCAAUAACACCUCUAACCCCCUCCCCUCCCUGCUGCCCUCCCCAAACACCCCGGGGCUUCGAGGGGACCUUUCAAAGCACAGGGUCUGGUUGGGCUCUCCAGCACGAGGGCCAAGCGCAUGCCCUGAGCAGGAUGGCAUCAGAGUUUGGCAUGCUCUGAGGUUUAUCAGUAUUUGGGGGGAGGGGGAGAGGGGAGAGGGCCUGGAAGACGCCCCAGGUAUUCUUUUAAGGUUUCAAACACGAGUACUGUAUGGGCUGUCUCACCAGAGCAGCAUGGGCUGACCAGUCGGGUCCUCCAUGGGGAUGCAGGGCCAGGUGAGAUGUUCAUCUCUCCCAUUCAGGUUGAAUUUUGGUUGUUUUUUUUUUUUUUUUCCCCCCCUGGGUCCAAACAAAUAAUAUAAAUAAAAGCACAGUGUUGGGAUUGAG